GCUCACAGUGCGGGAGAACUGUCCCAAGCGUGGAAGAUCCUUCUUGUGAAUGAGCCUGCUGUGGCCAGCCUCCACUUCCACUUGGACUAGAAAGGUGAGAUCAGGAGCUGUCCGAAAAUACCUUUAGCACUGCAUUCCUCAAGCACUCUGGCUGCACCUCGAUCUUCAAUUUCCAAUGGGCACCCUUCCACCUCCUCUCGCGCUCACCUCUUGCUUGGCGUGCCUCAUCCUAAGUGUCCACAGUCAGACGGCCAACAGUUUUAGGGACAGCACCCUCUCUUUUGAAGUCCUCAGCCAAGAUAAAGCUUACAGGCUCAUCCAGCCAGGCAUCUUCCUGGACUCCAAAGUCACCGCCAACCAAUCAGGAGCCUUUCAGAGAGAUGCCGUCACUCAGGCCCCACAGCUCUCGGUCAUGUGCACGAAGCGGACAGAAAUCAGGUGGGCCUUUAAGUACAUCAACACCUUUGUGUCCUGCACCAUCUUCAUCGUGGGCAUCAUUGGCAACUCCACCCUGCUCCGGAUCAUCUACAAGAAUAAAUGCAUGAGGAACGGGCCCAACGUUCUCAUCGCCAGCCUGGCUCUGGGGGACCUUCUCUACAUCCUCAUUGCCCUCCCCAUCAACGCCUAUAAGCUGCUUGCGGAAGCCUGGCCUUUUGGCGUGCAUGUGUGCAAGCUAGUGCCCUUCAUCCAGAAAGCCUCUGUGGGAAUCACUGUCCUCAGCCUCUGCGCUCUCAGCAUCGACAGGUACAGAGCUGUGGCCUCCUGGAGCCGGAUCCAAGGGAUUGGCAUCCCCAUGUGGAAGGCGGUUGAGGUGACUCUCAUCUGGGCGGUGGCCAUCAUCCUAGCGAUCCCGGAAAUCAUUGCCUUCGACCUCUUGAAACUGACUUAUCGUGAAGAGACCCACUGGGUCUGCAUGCUGUCCCCCCAUCAGACAGACAGCUUCAUGACGUUCUACAAGAACGUGAAAGACUGGUGGCUUUUUGGCUUCUACUUCUGCCUGCCCCUGGCCUGCACUGGUGUCUUCUAUACUCUCAUGUCGUGUGAGAUGUUGAGCCAGAGGAACGGCAUGAGGAUCGCGCUCAACGACCACAUGAAACGGCGCAGGGAAGUGGCCAAGACGGUGUUCUGCUUGGUGGUGAUCUUUGCCCUUUGCUGGUUGCCUCUUCACCUGAGCAGGAUCCUGAAAAAGACCAUCUACAACCCUCAGGAUGUCGAUAGAUGCGAGCUUCUUAGUUUUCUCCUAGUCAUGGAUUACUUUGGCAUCAACAUGGCCUCGCUCAACUCCUGCAUCAACCCCGUGGCUCUCUACUUCGUCAGCCGGAAAUUUAAGAACUGCUUUCAGUCAUGUCUGUGCUGCUGGUGCCAGAGACCAGCCCUGGGCAUCGUGCCAACGGAUGACAAAGGCUCUGUUGGGAAGUGGAAGGCCAACGGGCAAGAACUGGGCCUUGACCGGAGCAGCUCCCACUUGAGUAACAAGUACAGCUCGUCUUAGGCAGAUGAUAGAACAAGAGGCAGAUGGUCCACUGGGACGGUGGAAGUGGUUGUCCUGGCCGGGCCUUCAUUUCCUGGUGUUCUUCUUGAGUUCCUUUGCUUUUUUCACCUUCCUCUCAUAGAAACU